GGCAAAUUAUUUUAUAUAGAACCACAGGAGAUGGACAGACAGAUGUCAGAUGCCGACUUCCUUGUCUCCCCCUCUCCUCCCCCUCCCCUCUUUCACUGCGACUACACCGACUGGUCUCCCUCCUUCUCCAUCAUCCCGUCCGUCUACCUGCUGGCCUUCCUGGUCGGUUGCCUCGGCAAUGGCCUGGUUCUCUGGGUCUACCUGGACCGAGCUGAGGGGAGGAGAACGAGGACUGGAGAGAGAAACCAAACUGGGGUUGGAAAGAUUUGUGCCGGCAUUUUCAGAACCAGUCAGCGGAACAGUAAUAAACCUGGUGGAGUUCAGAAAGAGUCCUUUCCACAGAGGAACAAAGAAAAGUGUAGAUCUUCCUCAGGACAAAACUACAGACCAUCCUCUCACUCCUCCACCUCCUCCUCCUGCCCUCCCUCCAUUCCUCGUCCCUCCCGCUCACUGACAGACUCUCUAAUAGCCAGCUUAGCGUUAGCUGACCUCUGCUUCCUUGUGACUCUCCCUCUGUGGGCAGUCUACACUGCCAUGGGCUACCACUGGCCUUUUGGACAACCACUCUGCCAAAUCAGCAGCUUCCUCACUGCUCUCAACAUGUAUGCCAGCGUGUUCAGCCUGAGCAUGCUCAGUGUGGAGCGGUACUGGGUCCUGACUGGACGCCGGCACUCUGGCCACCAUGCCCCGCAGGGCUGCCCCAGCAGGGCUUUGUGGAUACUUGGGGGAGUGUGGGUGCUGGCAGGGGUGCUGGCACUUCCUGGUUUGUUGCUGCGGUCUGUCCGGGAGAUGGAGCUAGACUCUGAAUCUGAGGAUGAUUGGCAACUAGAGCCUGCAGAGUCUGGGUCAGUGUUCCUCUCCUGCCAGAUGGAUUACUCUGUGCUGAUAGGAGCAGAGCUGGAGGAGGCAGAAAAAGAGAGGGCAGAGAUGUGGUGGGCGGCCGCCUUGAGUCUUAAAUCAACUCUAAUUGGCUUCCUGCUCCCUCUUGUCAUCUUACUGGUCUGCUACUGUUCGCUGGCCCAGCUCCUCAACAGACAUUUUGGACGGGGCCCUCGUCCUGACCGCAAGCGCCAGCACAGACUCCUCAGGGUCAUUGUCACUUUAGUGAUGGCAUUUUUCCUGUGCUGGCUGCCUUUGCAUGUUAACAAGACUCUGUCCAUGCUGCUAGAGUUUGGCUUUGUCCCAUACUCCUGCUCUUUAGAUCAGAUUUUACUGGCUGCUCACCCCUACGUCACCUGUUUAGCUUACCUCAACUCCUGCCUCAACCCUCUCCUCUAUGCUGCCUGUGAUCCGUCAUUUAGGAAGAGGUGCAGAGGCGUUCUCCUCACGUCGUGCAGGACGAGCAGAAGAGGAGCAGAGGGAGUGGAGGGAAAGAAGGAUGAAGGAGAGGAAGAGAAAGAUGAAAGGAGCUCAGCUUUUCCCACAAGAAUGCAGGAGGAAACAGCAGACAGAACAGAGGAGGAGAUGAUGGGGGAGGUGGGUGAUGUGGCAUGA